CCCCGCGCGCGUCACAGGCUGGGCGCGCCGCCGGCUCUGCGCAGGGCCUCACGGGACUGGUAGUUCGAGGCGGUCCCGCGAUGCUUUCCCUGCCGAGGUGAGGGGAGCGACUACAACUCCCAGAGGGUAUGGCGGCCGCAGCAGUGGGCAGUUGAGUUUCCGGGGCGACCCAGGUCCUCCGGCGGAAGCGGGAGCCUCUGUCGGCCGCGGAAGCCUGGAGUGGGCGGUACGCAGACGCGCGCGGUGAGACCCGCUGUCUGCUCAGCGGACUCUGCCCGCCCCCACCUCCCCCUGCGUCGGGCCGACAUGAAGGACUCGCUGGUGCUGCUGGGCCGUGUCCCGGCGCACCCGGACUCCCGCUGCUGGUUCCUGGCCUGGAACCCCGCGGGGACCCUGCUGGCCUCGUGCGGCGGCGACCGGAGAAUCCGCAUCUGGGGCACGGAGGGUGACAGCUGGAUCUGCAAGUCUGUCCUUUCUGAAGGCCACCAGCGCACCGUGCGGAAGGUAGCCUGGUCCCCCUGCGGUAAUUACCUGGCCUCUGCCAGCUUUGAUGCUACCACUUGCAUUUGGAAGAAGAACCAGGAUGACUUUGAGUGUGUAACCACUCUCGAGGGCCAUGAAAAUGAGGUCAAGUCAGUGGCUUGGGCCCCAUCUGGCAACCUCCUGGCCACUUGCAGCCGAGAUAAGAGCGUUUGGGUCUGGGAAGUUGAUGAAGAGGAUGAGUAUGAAUGUGUCAGUGUUCUCAACUCCCACACACAGGAUGUCAAGCAUGUGGUUUGGCACCCAAGUCAGGAGCUCUUAGCUUCUGCCAGCUAUGAUGACACAGUGAAGCUGUACCGGGAGGAAGAGGAUGACUGGGUAUGCUGUGCCACCCUUGAGGGCCAUGAAUCCACUGUGUGGAGCUUGGCCUUUGACCCGAGUGGCCAGCGCCUGGCGUCUUGUAGUGAUGACCGUACUGUGCGUAUCUGGCGUCAGUAUCUACCAGGCAAUGAACAAGGGGUGGCAUGCAGCGGCUCUGACCCCAGUUGGAAAUGUAUCUGUACUUUGUCCGGCUUCCACUCAAGGACCAUUUAUGACAUUGCUUGGUGUCAGCUGACAGGGGCUCUGGCCACAGCUUGUGGGGAUGACGCGAUCCGCGUGUUUCAGGAGGAUCCCAACUCGGAUCCACAGCAGCCCACCUUCUCCCUGACAGCCCACUUGCAUCAGGCCCAUUCCCAGGAUGUCAACUGUGUGGCCUGGAACCCCAAGGAGCCAGGGCUACUGGCCUCCUGCAGUGAUGAUGGGGAGGUGGCCUUCUGGAAGUAUCAGCGGCCUGAAGGCCUCUGAGCUACCUCGACUUUGGACAGAGUAAUGACUCCCCAGAAAACGUCAUAUAAGACUUUACCAGCCCCUGAGAGGACCAGGAGGAGCAUCCUUGACCUUCAUUUAACUUGGCUCACUUCUCUUCAGACUUGGGUAGAAGUGCAGAGCCGCAGAAUUGCUUUCCUUCCCCGCCUUUGACAUGAGGCCUUCAGUAAAGAGCUACAGAACAUCAGUACAUUGUUAUACCACAGAUUUUUCUUGCAUUAGGGCACAGUGUUAAAUUUUUUGGAGGUAAAUAUACUAUUUAUAAUCACUAUAUAUAGUAGGAGGGGGUAUGUGUCUCAGGCUUUUCUGAAGUUGCAAGACUUAAAGAAAUAAUCCAUCUGCAUCCCAAGUCCUAUUUUAUAAGGAUAUUCAUAAAAAUUCCAUGGUGAAUCCUUGUCUGAAAUAGGUCCUCCCUUCCCAGUUUCUGUGUAAGUCUUUGCAUUUAAGACAUCCAAUCAAUAAUGAAGGAAAUUUUUUUCUGAAUGUAGGUUUGAGUGAGAGGCACCUCUGCUUUCCCUUAGCAACCCUCAUAUACCUCCUUGCACUGUUACACUGUGAUGGCAACUGGGGAUAGAAAAAAAUGGGGAAAGACAGGAAUCCUAAAAGGGAGAGUUAUUACUGGCCACAAGCCCUGUAUUCUCAACAGGGAUGCAAAUUGGUUCUUCAGUAAGGAUAAAAAAAAAAAUCAGACAGUUGUUUGUGGCCCUCCUAAGGCCCACAGCACAUAUAUAGUGUGUCUGUGAUACUCCAUUUUCAUGGCAGGGAGUGAUCAGGAAGAAGGCUCCCUAGGGGACUGCCGAUUUAAACCAGUUGAGAAACACUGCCAUCAGCAGGCAGUUUCAGACUCACUCAAGUUGUCUCUUGACAGUCACUUCUAAAUGGGUUCUAACGUGACAAUGGCCUCCAAAACUACAGCCUUCCCUGAAGUUUAAGCUGUGACCUUAGAUUUUAGAAGGACAGUGGGGCUGUACCUAGAAUAGUGGUUCUUGAAGAAUGCGGCCUGCAGAUCCUGGGAGUCCCAAGACCCUUUCAGGGAGGAUCUGUGAGGUCAACUGUUGGCACUGUGGCAUGAAUCAAGGUGGUGGCAGCAAACUUCUAGUAGUUUUGAUAUGUCCUUGAUAGAACAAAUAGCAAUGGUUAACUAUUAAAUGUUGACCUAGCCAGCGCAGUGGCUCACGCCUAUAAUCCCAGCACUUUGGGAGGCUGAGGCAGGCGGAUCACCUGAGGUCGGGAGUUCGAGGCCAGCCUGACCAACAUGGAGAAACCCCGUCUCUACUAAAAAUACAAAAUUAGCUGGGCAUGGUAGUGCAUGCCUGUAAUUCCAGCUACUCGGGAGGCUGAGGCAAGAGAAUCGCUUGAAUCCGGUAGGUGGAGGUUGCAGUGAGCCGAGAUCAUACCAUUGCACUCCAGCCUAGGCAACAAGAGUGAAACCCUGUCUCAAAAAGAAAAAAAAAGUUGACCUUGAGAAUUUAUAAUAUUCUGAGAAAACUGGAAGCAUGCAUAAAGCCCCUCUGCUGUGCACUGAAGUAUGGGUGCCUUGAGGAAAAGCAGUUAUACAGUUGAGUUGCAAGCUGAAUUGGCUGUUUUCAAGGCAUGCCCUUUAGAGUUGAAAGAACUAGCAGAUUACGGUAUUUAGACUUGAAUAUUUGGCUGAUAUUUUCUGGAAAUGAAUGGAAUGAGCCUCUCACCUCAAGGGAAACAACUGAUAGUGUUGCCAGUGAUAAAGCUUUCAAGCAAAAAUUGGAAUUUCUGAAAAUCUGUACUCCACCAUGAGCUUUAUUGUUGGGGAUAUUAACAAAUGUGAUUUGUAUAAUGAAAUGCAUUUCAUUUGGAAGAAUUCAGUGAACCAUUUUUCCAAGUGACCAGUACGUGAUGUUACAAAAUCAUGCAUGGCUCAAAGAUUGAUUCAAAAGUGUAAGACAGGCCAGUGGAUUUUAAUGUAUUAACAAUAUAAGAGUGCAUUAA